UCAAGAUACAGCCCUAGCUGCCUUUAUGAUUGUGUUUUAUUCGAUGAUUUUUUUUGUAUUAUAUAUGUAUUUGCAUGCCGGGAGCAAAGCUGUGCACUAUUCGUUAUGCGUGUCUUUCCAAUUUGGAUUUUUAACUGGCCUUCGGAAAAUACUUUACUAUGAAAAGUACGAUAAUACGGGGCUUCAAUGGGAUCAUUUCUUAAGAGGGAAGUUUCUGGAUAGUUUUGCUCUAAUUCCCAUCAUAAUGCUGAUGGGAGCAUUCAUUUCUCUGGUGUUGUGCUCAUUAGCAGAGCUAUGCUGCCCGGGACGCUACGGAGCUUCGAUGUUUCGCAGAUCUUCCAGAGAUCAUGAUUCCUUGGGCUAUCAUCAAAACCCUCAAAGAACUCGCAAAAUGUCCCCAGCCGUUGUGCAGACGCUCAUCUUGAGUCAAAGGAGUCACAAAAGAAAGCCGCCUCUGACAAAUUUCGCCAUGAAUAUGUAUGAUGAUCAGAUCACGGCUAUAUUGGGACUAUCAGAUUCGGGGAAAUCCGCUAUUACCAAUUCCAUUUCGGGCAGCAUUCCCCCCCAGUCGGGAUCGGUAAAAAUUGACGAUAGAGAUAUUGCGAGAUCGACCAGAACUCUGGUGGGACUCUCGCCACAGCAUAAUCCAUUAUUUGCCAAUUUGACCGUUAAGCAGAACAUGUACAUCUUCUAUGCUCUGCGGGGCACUAGCGCACAUGGAAGAGUACGUGCCACGGCCAGGUAUUUGAAAGCCCUCGAGCUCUGGCAAGUUAGGGAUGUGAAGGGCCGUUGCCUAUCCACGGCCGACAGGAGGAGAUUAUCUGUGGCCUGCGCCUUUUGUGGCAAUCCGCGGAUUGUGGUCUUAGAUGAACCCACCGAGAGCCUGGAGCCCUGUGAACGAAGAUUGGUGUGGGAUCUGUUACAAUCGGAGAAACGAUGUAGGACUUUAAUUAUCACAACUUACCAUAUCGAAGAGGCUGAUGUUCUGGGCGACCGUUUGGCUAUUCUAUGCGAUGGUAACCUGCUGUUCAAUGGCACUUCCACCUUUUUAAAAAACACGCAUGGUUCUGGAUAUCAAUUGGUCUGUUCGCAAGGGGAGGUAUGUGAAGAGCCACAGAUAACAUCGUUAAUAACAUCAUACAUACCAGAGACUACGGCAUCCUCGGAUAAACCAUUUGAAAUAUCCUACAGCAUACCGCAAUCCUAUUGCCGUAGCAUUGUGCCAUUGCUUAAGGAGCUGGAGGGUGGAGCCAAUUGUUUCAAUAUGGGCGCCAUUGGCAUUGGCACAACGCCCAUCAUAAAUAAAUUUGUGAAGGCCACUUCGCCGUGCGCCGACAGUAGCAGGGGAAAUUGUGUAGGAGGCUCCCCCGAACCCGAUGAAUGUUUAUUAUAUGGUUGUAAUUUGUGCCUCAAUCAAUGGCGUGCGAUGUUACUUAAAAAGUUCUAUCAAAUCAAGCAUAAUUUUCUGGUGUUUUUUAUGCUUUUUUUUCUGAUGCUAUUGGGAGCUGCGGCGCUACAAAGAUACUUUUAUAGUUGGCCAAUUCCAGACAAAUACCGUUCGCACGCAGGCAUGGAUUUUGUAUUUCAGGACCGGCUGCCGCUAAAGCUGGAUAUAUAUGGACCAAGAUGCCGGGUGGCCUUUCUCAGAGACUUUAACGAUGAGAAUCCACUUAUAGGCCUAUUAAAGCGGAAAAUAACUGGCUGUAGAACACAGGAUAUAUCAGCGAAAGACUUGGACACAAAAGCAGAUAUCUUAAAUAAUGUCUAUGUCUUUGGUAUAAAAAUAAACAAAUGCGCAUAUCAAAUCUAUUACAGCCGAAAAUUUUUACAUUCGGAAGCAGUGGCAGCCGCCCUAAUAGGAUACUUGGCAAACAGUGGAUUUCUGGAUUUAUUUUGCACUGAUGCUAAUGCAAAGAUGGAAACUCGUACGAAAGCCAUAACCUUUAACAAUCACCCCUAUCCGUCAAUUCAAUAUAGUGAAAACUCCACAAUCCGUCAGAUCGAUUGUUUCGAGAGUGGAUCUUUAUAUCUGAAUCUGUUGUGCAUAAGUAUCUUCAGCGGGUUCUUUGCCGCCUUCAUUGUCAGGGAGCGUCGCAUCGGAUUCAAGCUAUUGCAGCAAGUGGAGGGCAUUAAUAUGACAACAUUCUGGCUGGUCCACUUGCUUUUUGACUGGCUUUUGCUUUCGAUAUUUUCCGUAUCGCUUGUAAUCGUGAUGACGCUUCUUCUGCAAAAGAGUUUCGACAAUGAAACAGUUGCCUAUGCCUUUGCCUUGAUUCUCUUUAGUGUUGCACUGCUACUAUUUUUAUACUUGCUGAUGCAAUUCUUCACACGAGUUAUGUAUGCAUGGAUUAUACCUGUAGUACUAUUGUUUAUAUUGGGUUAGUACAUAUCUAAAUAUGUUGGGGUUGCUUCUUUGA